UUCUCCGAAACUCCAUCAGUGGUCUAAGAAACCUCCCAAGAAAGUCACCAUUUUUAGGCCAUCGGAAUCUGACGGUAAUGUCUCAGCAAAACCCUUUACAGGAAUUCAACUUUCAAGAAUACAGGGCGGCGAAGGUAAAACAAAUCAACCAGUCACUAGCAGAAGCAUUGGUUCCAUCCCCAAAUACCCCACCGAUACUUCAUGGGGCAAUGAGGUACACUCUUCAACCCGGUGGGAAACGUUUCGCUCCAACUCUCUGCAUUGCUUCGUGCGAGCUGGUGGGAGGAAACGAGUCUUUGGCGAUGCCCAUGGCUUGUGCACUGGAGAUGCUGGUUACAUCGGCUUUGAUUCUUGAUGAUCUUCCUUGCAUGGAUAAUGACGAUCUUAGACGAGGAAAGCCUGCAAAUCACAAAGUUUUUAGUGAAGGAAUUUCAGUUCUUGCUUCUCAAGCUCUAUCUUUUCUUGCCGUUGAACAUUUUGCAACCAAAACCAAAGGUAAUAUUUCAUCUGAUCGCCUGGUUCGAGCCGUUAUCGAGAUAUGUUCGGCACUUGGGUCAAAAGGAGCUGUGGCUGGGCAGGUUGCAGACAUUGAAAGUGAGGGAAAAGAAGUGAGUUUGAGUGAAUUAGAGUUUAUCCACGGGAACAAAACUGGGAAAAUUGUAGAGACGUCGGUGGUCUGUGGAGUUUUAGUAGGAGGAGGAAAUGAGGCUGAGAUAGAGAGGAUUGGGAAGUAUGGGAAGUGUGUGGGGUUGGCGUAUCAAGUGUGGGAUGAUAUAUUGGAUGAAACUGGAAAGACGGAGGAGUUGGGAAAGAAAGCUAGAAAGGAUUUGGUGCGAAAUAAGGCCACAUAUCCGAAGUUGAUGGGUGUGGAUGAGUCUAAGAAGUAUGCCAGAGAGUUGGUGGCUGAAGCAAAAGAAAAGCUUUCCUGUUUCGAUUCUAAAAUGGCUGCCCCUUUGUAUCAUAUUGCUAACUUCAUUGUUUCUCGAAGACAUUAGAUUAUGUGAGUUGAUUGGGGGAAAUGAAUCUCUGGUAAGAUGUCAAUAGCUUGUGCAAUAGAGUUGAUAUUGGCGACUGGUAUCAUUCUAGAUAAUCUUAGAGGGAGGCAAGCCCAAAAGCCACAAGGUUUUUACUAAGGAACCUCAAUUAUUUCCAGUCAAGUUCUCAUUUGCCAUUCUAUUGAGCAUAUUGCAACCAGGAGCAUUGUGGAGAUACGCUCAGCAUUUGGCUCAAACUGAGCUUGGGCAGAGUAGUUUUUGGAUGCCAACACCGAGGGACAAGAAGUUUCAGUACGUUGGUUUUCAUUCACACGAAA